AUGGAUGAUCCACGAUUUAAUGACAUAUUUAAUGAAGAUUUUGAUGGUAAUUAUGAUAAUGUAAUGAACCGCAUUGUAGACCAAAUUAAUUAUCCUAGUUGUGAAGGUAGUGGUGCUUCAGUUGAUGGUGCCAGAGAUGAUAGUAAUGGAAACGACUCCGACGACAGUAAUGACGAUGAUGAUGACGAGGACGUUAACGAUGAUGACGACGACGACGUUAACGAUGACAGUAAUGGUGACGAAGCAUUUAUUAGAAGGAGGGAUGCAUUUUUGUCGGAGGUUUUAAGAGGUCAUUGGAAACGAAGUGUUAACAUGUUCAGGAUGGACGCAACCACUUUGUUGAGUUUGUGCACCGAAUUAGAAACGCACCAUGGCUUAAAACCGUCAAGAAGAAUGAGCGUUAUUGAAAAGGUGGCAAUGUUUCUAUUUACAAUAGCAGUUGGGGCGUCAAAUAGACAAGUGCAGGAAAGAUUCCAGCAUUCAGGUGAAACUAUUAGUAGAUAUUUUAAAGAAGUGCUUAAAUCAUUACGUUUGUUUGCUGUGGAAGUCAUAAAACCAGUAGAUCCACAAUUUACGAGCACACCAAGAGAAAUUGCUAUGAAUCCAAGAUUUAUGCCACAUUUCAAGAAUUGUGUCGGUGCAAUUGAUGGAACACGUGUUUGUGCCUGCAUACCAUCUGCAAAUCAAAUUCCAUUUAUUGGACGAAAAGGUGUACCAACACAAAAUGUCAUGGCUGCUUGUAGUUUCGACAUGCAAUUCAUGUUCGUGUGGGCAGGAUGGGAAGACAGUGCACACGAUACAUGUAUUUUUCUUGAGGCUAUUGACAGUAGCAAUAUCAAAUUUCCAAAACCUCUGGAAGACAAAUACUAUUUGGUUGAUGCUGGAUAUCCAAACGAGUAUGAGUAUUUGGGUCCCUAUAAAGGCGAGAGGUAUCACUUCCAAGAAUUUAGGCGUCGUGGACAACCAAGUGGUCGGAAAAAAGUGUUUAAUCGUGCACACUCGUCACUACGUAACGUGAUCGAACGUUCUUUUGGGGUAUGGAAACAGAGGUGGAAAAUUUUGCAAAACAUGUCUGCUUAUCCAUACAAGACACAAGUUGAGAUUUUAGUUACAUCAAUGGCACUACAUAACUAUAUUAGAAGGAGUUCGCAAGAUGAUGCAGUUUUUUCCAAGUAUGAUCACAACCCCAAUUUAAUUCCAGAUGACUUUUUAUCUGAUAUUGUUCAGGCUUCGGCCGUUCAAGGCUCACAGAGGCCUUCACGUAUGGAUUUUGUACGCGAUGGAAUUGCAAAUAGUUUAAUGGAACAAUAA